GUUGUUUUCUGCGGGGAACUGCCAGUGACAGUUCGGUCUUCAGUCAGCAGCCAGGCGUACCAGACAAGCCCAAAGAACCAUGAUGUCUAUGUCACCACACGACACGCCGGUGAAACAGUUGAGCAGACGUGAAGUGACCGUUUCUCUGGACACCAUCAGAGCCCUGCAGGACAUGGCUCGUCGCCUGAACGACAGCGUCUCCAUAACCAAAACGGCUGCACAACAGAUCACCGAGCAAGCAGACGCCAUGCAGCGGACCACAAGUGAACUGCAGGUGACGUUGGGCAAUAUCUACGACAAAGAGGUUCACGCGGCGGCAAUGGCGAAUUUUGAUAAAUCCGAGAGUUUGUUGGGUGAGCUGUCGCUGAUUACCAACAGGCGACUGUCCAGAACCCCCAAGAAGAAAGGGCGGCGGUCCGCUUCCCAGUCCCGUAAGAACCCGGGCACCAACUCUCCCAGAAGCCCGGACUUUUAA